AUGGUUGAGCGGCUCGUUUGUACAAAUGAUUGGCUUCGUGGAAACAACUACAUCAGUGUUGAAGAGGACACAGACGAAUUGGCCAAGCUUGAGGAAGCUUAUUGCAGUAACAUGACUACACUUAUUGUAGAAAUUGGUGCCCUGGCCAUUUCUAAGGAUAGCACUACUGCUACUGCAUCUUUAUAA